AUGAGCUGUCAGGGGGAAUCCGGGCCAGCGGAAAGGGAGCACUUGGUUUAUUGGGGUGUUGUUUCCUCACGAGACAGGCAUAAAGGCCACGCCAGAGCUGAGAUCGGCGUAUCUUUGCCUGGUGACAGGAAUACGGGUGUCGGCUUUCAGCCCGACCUUGAUGGUCCCCGGCUGGCACAGUACUGCUGUGUCGAUUGGACGCGCGGACACCGCGUGAGAAUCUCGGGCCAAAUCAUUCGUAAGUAUCAGUUCGCGAUGAGCCGGUCAUGCAAUCCUCAAGAAAGGACUUGGACAAACCGACUUGCGAGCGACUCGGACAAGAAUGCCUUGUCCAAGCAUUUCGGCGGAAGGAAAAAGAGGGACCAGUAUGGCAAAGAAUGGUUCACCAAAACGUGA